AUGGCUUAUAUAUCUGAGCCAUCAUCUUCUUUGAGCUUCAGUUCAUCUUCUCAUCUAUCAAAUGGCUCAAUUACUCACAAUAUGCCAUCCUUUUCUACUUCUGAAACUGGGGCUAGCCUUGAAGUUAUAAGUUUGACCAAGCUUAGUUCCUGCUUGGAGCAACUCCUUUUAGACAAUUGUCCUGUUUUUAGUGAUGCUGAUAUAGUUGUUGAAGGUGUUCCUGUUGGUGUUCAUAGAUGUAUCUUAGCUGUUAGGAGUAAGUUUUUUAAUGAGUUAUUCAAUAAGGCAAAUGAGUCUUGUGAGAAAGAAGGAAAACCAAGUUAUAACAUGAGUGAGUUUUUGCCUUAUGGCAAGAUUGGACUUGAAGCUUUUCAGGUUUUCUUGAGUUAUUUGUAUACUGGGAAGCUCAAGCCUUCUCCUAUGGAGGUGUCAACAUGCGUUGAUAAUGUUUGUGCUCAUGAUGCUUGUCGACCCACCAUUAAUUUUGCCGUGGAGUUGAUGUAUGCAUCAUCGAUAUUUCAAAUACCGGAGAUGGUUUCACUUUUUCAGCGACGUCUUCUUAAUUUUGUUGAGAAGGCUCUUGUAGAAGAUAUUAUCCCAAUCCUUGUGGUUGCUUUCCAUUGUCAAUGCAGUCAACUUGUUUCUCAAUGUGUUGACAGAGUGGCAAGGUCAGAUCUUGAUGGCAUCUCUGUCGAGAAAGAGCUUCCUUAUGAAGUUGCCAAGAGCAUUCGAUUGCUUCACCACAAGUCUCCAACUGAAGAUGAAGAUAAUGAGGCAUUGGUCGAUCCUUUGAGGGAAAAAAGAAUCCUGAGAAUACACAAAGCAUUAGACUCUGAUGAUGUUGAACUUGUUAAACUACUUUUAACUGAGUCUGACAUAACUUUGGAUGAUGCUACUGCCCUCCAUUAUGCUGCAGCAUAUUGUGAUCCCAAGGUUGUAUAUGAGCUUCUUUCCCUGCAUCUGGCGGAUGUCAAUCUGCGAAAUUCUCGUGGUUACACAGUUCUUCACAUAGCUGCAAUGCGUAAAGAACCGUCAGUGAUAAUGUCACUUCUAGCAAAAGGGGCAUCUGCUUCGGAAUUGACACCAGAUGGACGAAGUGCUGUUAACAUCUGCCAGAGGUUGACAAGACCGAAGGAUUAUCAUGCAAAAACAGAGCAAGGGAAGGAAACAAAUCAAGAUCGGAUAUGCAUUGAUGUUCUGGAGAGGGAAAUGAGGAGAAAUCCGAUGGCUAGAGAUGUUUCUGUUACUUCCCAUACAUUGGCUGAUGAUAUGCACAUGAGACUUCUGUACCUAGAGAACAGAGUGGCAUUUGCAAGGUUGCUUUUCCCUAGUGAAGCAAAACUUGCCAUGGACAUAGCACAUGCUGAGACAAGCUCUGAGUUUGCUGAUCUUUCAUCAAAAGGUUCAAAUGGAAACUUAAGGCAGGUUAACUUGAACGAGACGCCCAUUAUGCAGAAGGAAAGACUUCUUGCGAGGAUGGAGGCCCUUAUGAAAACAGUGGAGAUGGGUCGGCGCUAUUUCCCUCAUUGCUCCGAAGUGCUAGAUAAGUUCAUGGAGGAUGACCUUCCUGAUUUGUUUUACCUUGAGAGGGGCACCCUAGAGGAGCAAAAAAUAGAGGGAUCACGCUUCAGGGAGCUUAAGGAGGAUGUUCAGAAGGCAUUUAACAAGGACAAGUCUGAGUUUAGUCGCAAUGGGUUGUCUUCAUCAUCAUCGUCAUCUUGUUUAAAAGAUGUUGGCCCUUAUAAGCUCAGAAAAUUGUGAGAAAUGUAGGUCGUGUCUACAAUAAUGAUAAUGAUCAGAAGCAAAAUGCUUUAUAGUUUAGACAAAGGUUUCUCGUGAAAGAAAGUGCUUGCUGCUUCUGUCUAUUAACUUUGAGCCUGGAAAACUUGUUCUAUAACCUAUCCCUUGGUGAUAAAGGUAGCAAAAGUUACAUACCAUGAAAAUGUUUAUAGGAAUGUUAUGUUCUUUAUUGACUUGGAGAACUAUGAUAAU